AUGACAACUUACAAGUAUCUCAAAGGUAAAAAUGUCGGAAUUAUUGGUUGUCCCUUUAGUGGUGGGCAGCCCAAGGAAGGUGUGGACGAAGGUCCUAUAAAGAUGGUUGAAUAUGGUCUAAUAGAUCAAAUUUUAGAAAUGGGAUGGAAUGUGGAAUUCGACGGCCAUCGUAAAUUAACUGAUCUUAAACCAGCUGAUGAUCCUAAUAUAGGAAGACUCAAAAAACCUCGAUAUGUUUCGCGGGUGACUAAAGCAGUUGCUGAUGCCGUCGAAUCAAAUCUUAGAAGGGGGCAGUUGGCACUUACUCUUGGAGGUGAUCACAGCCUUGCCCUAGGCACGGUCUCUGGUACCCUCUCCGUUUAUCCCGAAGCUUGCCUUAUCUGGAUCGAUGCUCAUGCGGAUAUUAACACUCCUGACACUACCGAAUCUGGUAAUUUACAUGGUUGUCCUGUAUCCUUCCUGCUGGCAGUUGACGACUUGAUUCAGAAGAGAGUAUCUGAAUUUUCAUGGUUGAAGCCUCGACUCCGACCUGAUAAACUUGUGUAUAUUGGAUUACGAGAUGUUGAUCCACCAGAAAAAGAGAUUUUAAAAAAAUACGGAAUCAAAGCUUUUUCUAUGUACCAUGUAGAUAAGUAUGGUAUUGGCAAGGUUGUGGAGAUGGCCCUUGAUGCGGUGAAUCCCAAGAGAGAUCUUCCUAUCCAUCUUAGUUUCGAUGUUGACGCGCUAGAUCCGACAGUUGCACCGAGUACUGGUACUCCGGUUCGUGGUGGAUUGACCUUUAGAGAAGGACAUUACAUCUGUGAAGCAAUUCAUGAAACUGGUCUUCUUGUCUCAGUUGAUUUAAUGGAAGUGAAUCCAUCCCUUGAAGAUGAAGUAAGUGUUUUUGAAACAGUAACGGUUGGAUGCUCAUUGGUUCGCUGUUGCCUUGGUGAGACUUUACUGUAG